UUCGGGUGUGACUGAGUCGGAGCUGCAGACGGGAGGCGGCCAGCCAUGGAGUUGGGCGAGUUGCUCUACAACAAGUCCGAGUACAUCGAAACGGCGUCUGGGAACAAAGUUAGUCGGCAGUCCGUGCUGUGUGGAAGCCAGAACAUCGUUCUCAAUGGCAAGACCAUUGUGAUGAAUGACUGUAUUAUCCGAGGAGAUCUGGCAAACGUAAGAGUCGGACGCCACUGUGUUGUGAAAAGUCGUAGUGUCAUAAGGCCACCGUUCAAGAAAUUCAGCAAAGGUGUUGCGUUCUUUCCUUUACAUAUCGGGGACCAUGUCUUUAUUGAGGAAGACUGUGUGGUCAACGCAGCCCAGAUUGGCUCCUAUGUGCACGUUGGAAAGAACUGUGUGAUUGGGCGCCGGUGUGUGUUGAAAGACUGUUGCAAAAUUCUUGACAACACAGUAUUACCCCCUGAGACUGUGGUCCCACCAUUCACCGUCUUCUCAGGCUGCCCAGGACUCUUCUCGGGGGAGCUCCCUGAGUGUACCCAGGAGCUGAUGAUGGACGUCACCAAGAGCUACUACCAGAAGUUUUUGCCCCUGACACAAGUCUAGUGUCUCCUCCGACCUUGAAUUUGCGUGAGCUCUGAGAUGAACUGGGGACAGAGUGCGCCAGUCAGCUUCCACAAAGAGCUCUUGUGUCUCCUUUUUUUUUUUUUAAUUUAAGUUCUUUCUGAUUUUGUAAUUCUUCAAGGCUCUAAGGUCUUCAAUAUUUAAUAACAGAAUGGCUGGAAGAGUCACCAAAUGCUGUGUUUAAACUUUCUUCACACCAUUUGGAACACACUCGUCCAUUUCUGACAGUUUCAACCCCAUCGUCCUGUGGAUGGAUAGAUGCUGCCUGAGCGGCUGAGCGGACGCACCUUGUCUGAGCAUGGAGGCUACGUAGCUGGUGUGCUGCGCCACAGAUCGCGCUUAGCGUCCCUGCUGCUAUUGAUUGAUGGCCACAACUCAUAAUCCUGGGGGAAAUGUAUCAAUUUUCAGAGCGUAGUUUCCAAGUUGGUCUGUGAACCGCCCGGUGGGUAGUUCAAAACUACCAGCCUCUUUCUUGGGAGAAAGACUGUGUUUUCUACUCCUGUAAACAGUUAACAGUCUCAGAAACCCUUGUGGUCGCUAUGAUUCAGCACUGACUCCAUGGCAGCAAGUCGGGGUUUUUUUGGAGAUUCGUGUUGGGUACCAAAAGUUGGAGGGAGGACUCAUGCUUCCUUUACUGCUUCCUUCUUCCAGAAAUAGUUCCUCCCCGGGUGGUGAGAAAGGGACUUUCUAGCGUUCUUUUGUUGGCUCUUUGACCUUCACGAAACGGAGGCACCGUGGCACCCAGGCUCUCUUUUGCUAACCCCUGUCGUUGAGUCUCCGGUGUAGUGGGCUAGUCUGGCAAUCACUCCUUGUCUGAAGCUACUUCAAGGCAGUGGAAUAUUACUUACUCCACUGAAGACCUAGCAGCACUUAAUGAUACUGACUCCCUGUCCCAGAACCAUUCAACUCGCUCUGUGUUUGGCACAAACCCCACAGUUCAGACUAAAAUGUUUGUACUUGAACCCAGUCACGUAUAACUGGUGGGGGUUUCUGAACUAUCUUGUGAGCCCAGGGCCCCAAGGAUUAAAGGAAGGUGCCAAUGGUGUUCUUACCACCUCCUCCUGGUCACACAGGCUUUCCUGGUUCUGUUGCGAUCUUGGCUUUAAAAAGGAAAUUUCAGAAGUGAGGGGCAGAGGAGGUUGGCCUUGCUUGAUGUCUAAUUCUGCUGCAAACAAAGUAGUGUAGCAUUUAGCCCUGAAGGUUAGCAUCUAGCAGGAGCCUUCUUACCUUAAGAUCCAAGUAUAGGGUUUGCAGAUACAGGGAUAUGUAAACAUCACUGUUUCAAUGUAAAACUGCUUUCUGGUUUGUCACAUGUUUUUGUGUUUGUACAUUAAAAAAAUUCACCUAUGAAAGAAGUCA